CCUCUGUUAGGAGAUGACAUAGACAAAGGUUUGUUUGUUCGUCUUUUAUUCUUUUGAAAUUGACCGAUAGUAUUAGAGAACAAAGCCUUUAAACACAGAUGGGUGUGGCAUAUGUGUCGAAAGGUGAAUAACAGGUCAUUAAGCCCCUAUUAACCCCCAGCUACUACAUAGCCCGCCAAUUCUGAAGUCUUUUUGACCUUUUUUCCCCUAAAGAUAAAGAUUCUUAGCCCCGUAGAUAAAAGAAAUUGUAAAUACAGUAUGAUCUAAGCUACAGCAUACCCGUACAUUUUGAUAUAUUUAAUUGCAUGAUGACUGAGUUGUUCACCAAUCUCAGUAGCUGGAGCCGUUUAUACGCCCUGCACUUGUGCCAACCCUUAAGCAUCGAGUUAAUGGCAAAAAAAAACAGUAACAAAUUUCGAGUAUGUGGGUCAAGUGUCCCAGGGCUGGUGAAUAGCUGCAGCUCUUCAGCUCAUCAAGAAUCCAAUACUGCUUAAAAUUUGCUGAAACAUUUUAAAGGGUCACUGAUUAUUUAUUGAAUUAUGCCUGUUUAGAGUACGUCUGCAUUAGCAGGCUUGUUUGGAGUCUAGCCAAGCCAAACGUAAUCCCCCCUGCCCCCCUCAAAAUUCCAGUAAGUAAUUAAUUGAAUGUUUGAAAUUUGAAUCCAUUAGUUGUUGUAGAUUUAUAAGAUGCAUCUCUGUAUUCUAUCCUGCAUGCAUGAUGAGCACUGAAAUGACAUGUCAAGAAGUUUUGAAAUUUUUUUCUGGCUCAAUUUUCUUGAAUUUUGAUAAAGAUCAUAGGUGUCUUCAAACAUUUUCAAACUGUAUGACUACUGAAUAGUACAAAAUACUCUGAGAUUAUCCUGGAGGUAGUCAAAUGUCUGGUCCCUGGAUAAUGAUAAAAUCUAAAUGCUUCACCUCCACAAUUAAAAUGCUUUACCAUUGGUCAGGGUUAGAGCAGGGUAUGGACACUACUUGAAUUGAGUGAUGCAUUUCUUAUAAUAUUAUACCAUUUCUCCUUUUCUUGCUUAGGAUUCAAUGUUCAUUUUGUUCUACUUCAUUUCUCUUUUUUUAAAUUUCCUCUUUGCUCUUUCCACUUCAUAAAUAAGGAUUAAUGUGUAUAAAUAUGUAACAGCUUAGGACUGACAAAUGUGUAUUUCAUUUUCUGUAAAUAAUUACAUUGUAAUUGUUGUCUUUGCCAUUUUAUAGGUGGUAAUGUUGCCGGCCAAAGUACUAGUGUAACCUUGUUAGCUGGCCUGGUAGCAUUCAUUUGUGUGCUAGCACUCAUAAAGUAUUAUUGUGGUGGCGGAGUGUGCAAGAGCAAUGCUCGGCUAGAUGGUAAGAAUUAAAAAAAACAAAACAAUGAAUGUAUGUAUGUAUCAAGUGUUCCAAACCUUCAGGGACAAUAUUGCUUCGUCCAAAAGGAUGUAAAGAGGGUACCUUUUACAGCUUUCACUAUAUGGAAAGGGUUAGGGAUUUUAUGAGUUGAAGUAUGUUUAUGAAAGGGCUGCAAAGUCCACUACUGAUAUGUUUAAAUGGACCAUACGUCAACUGAACUAUUUUUGAAUUUGGGUGUAUCAUUUUAAUUCAGGGGUAAAAUCUUUCAUUAACUUCAUUCUAAGGGAUUAGAAAAGGUAUGUAAAAGGGAUACCAUUUUUCAACAGAAGUACAGUGUUUACUGAAGUAAGCAUGACCCUUGAAUAACACCGCUCCACCUUCUCAUCAAAAAGCACUCAUGGUUAUUUAUUUUUAUUAAUUUAAUAUUUUAAAUUAUAACAUGUAAAAAAAAUGGUAGGGGGUUGUUGCUGAGUACCCCCCAUGGGGGUGUCACCCCGACACAACCAUUGGUUUUUAAAAAAAACUAGCAGUAACCAAUGGUUGUGUGGGGGUGACAGUACUCAGCAAAAUUUUGCGCAGGAUGGCUCUGCCCCAAGGUCCAACCUCUUACCCUUUUAUAUGCCAUUUUUCAAUGAAAGGGCAUAACCCUUUCAGAUACUUUUUAUUGGAAAAAUUAAUGGUAGCCUUUCACAUACUAGUUUAAAACACUGGUCCCUUUUAACUCUUAUAGAUGAACCUUCUUUUGAAUAUGAAUAGAUCACUAAACCAGAAUGUUUUCACAGCCAUAAGUACACCUGUUGGCCCUUUUAGGUCCUUUCACAGACUGCGGCAAUGACUGAUUUACCUACUCUUUUAUAACUCUCACCAAGUAAAACCUUCAAGUAUUUGAAGCCUGAAAAGGUACUUCUUUUGGGAGGAGCCUCCCAGUAUAGGUCAUUAUAGGGAGUACCCCCUGGGGGUGACACUGCAUGAAGAAGUUGAAAUAAUUAAACAAGUGCUUUUCAAUUUUUUAGGGAAGACUGCCAUAAUCACAGGCUCAAACAGUGGUAUAGGGAAGGAGACUGCACUGGAUUUUGCCAAGAGAGGAGCUAGGGUUAUCUUGGCUUGCCGAGAUGAGAAGAAGGCCUCAGAAGCUGCUAAGGACAUCAUUUCCAAGACUGGAAGUGAUAAAGUCAUCGUCAGGGUGCUUGACCUGGCCUCGUUUGAGUCUGUGAGAGCCUUUGCGAAACUAAUUAAUGAAACUGAAGGGAGGGUAGAUAUUCUUGUUAACAAUGCAGGAGUUGGUCCUGGACCUUUACAGAUUACAAAGGAUGGUUAUGAAAGUAUUUUUCAAGUCAACUACCUGAGCCAUUUUUUGCUGACCUUGUUGCUGCUGGAGAAAAUUAAAAAGUCUGCACCAAGUCGCAUUGUAAAUGUAUCGACAAACGCUCACACUUUUCCUUUCUUAAAAGUCCGGUUGGAUGAUUUCAAACCUACAGAGGAGUCUUUUAAUUCCUACACUCGCUGUUUUGAGUCCAAGCUUGCUCAGGUUGUGUUUACAAAGGAACUUAGCCGAAGAUUAGAAGGUAAGGAAGGAAGUCAAAGCACUGCAGCACACACUAAAUAGUAGUAUAAUUAUAAUAAUAUUAAACAUUGUGGAGGUGUGUGUGGCUGAGUGGUUAACACCUCAAACUCUGGAUCUGGAGGUCCGGGGUUCAAGCCUUGCCAGUCGCGUUGUUUCCUUAGACAAGGAAAUUUACUCCACUUAGUAGUUAGUAACUAAUUUUUCUAUCUGGCUCGAGAAAUAUGAAUGUAAGUAGAGUGCAGGCAGAGUUGUAGCCAGGUUAGCUAGUCUGAAGUGUUAGCCAUCUCUUCACCCUAUCCCACCCCCUCAAUAGGUUGCUGAGCUAAACAGUCCCUCUCUCCCAUUUGGGGGUGGGGGGCGGGGGUUGCGAGGGAAAAAGACAUGGCUGAUACUUCAGACUACCAAGUUGACAUAUAUUAUGCCUCUAAUAUAAUUUUAUUAUAUCUUUAAGAGAACCGAUGGUCAGUUGAAUGUUGGUGCAUUUAACAAGAAAAAUUAAACUAGCAUGAUACUUCAUGUUUUCAUGUUUCGAACAUCAUUAUCAAGGAUGAAAAAAAGUUGACAAUUAAUGGCUUAGCCAUUAAUUGUCAACUUUUUUAACAACUUUGAAAAUUAACGACUUUCAUGACUCUUGAUAAUGAUGUUUGAAACAUCGAAACGUUUAGUAACAUUCUUAAGUUUAAUUUUUAUCUUUGUUGUACAACUAGUGAGUUCACCUAAGUUGCAUCAGUGAGGGUGCAGGUAAAGGGUAUUUUCUUGACUCAUGAUCAACACUUUUUGUUUCCCUUGAAAUGUGAAAUGGCAAUUUUUCUUCCCCGUGAAUAGUGAUUAUCAUUGAUUUUCAUUAAGUAGCCUUGAAGCAUGGUUUUUGCAAAUUUAUUUUCGAUAUGAAAGGCAAAAAAGAUUCUCAUUUCGUUGUCAACCGUGAUUUUCAUUGAGUCUGAAUUGCUUUUUUUGUUUUUGUGAAUUGUGAAAACACCAAUUUCUUGCCUGUGAAAUGUGAACUAGAACCUCGUUUACCACCCUCUUCAGUUUUCAUAGUUUUGUGGGUGCAGUUGCGAUCCUAAAUUGGUCCUUGGAACAAAGUCAUUGUGAUUACAGGCCUCUUGCCUUAUCUGAUAGCUAAGACCCUCUGGGUCAUAUCAUGUUGCCAGUUAUGUUUUGUUUUUACACGGUGGUUUCAAAGAAGUACAUGAACACUUGUUUGAUGUUAGUAAAUUCGGCUUUCAUCUUUCUUUUGAAAGCCUGCCACAUUGGCUUUAGGCUUGAUUAACAGCUUCUUUUUAUACUGGGUCUGUAGUGUUGCACCCAUAUGCAUGGGAUGUUAAAGGUACAAGCUCACAUGGAACACAGGCCCACAUAACCACUACCAUAACCUGGUUUCUUUAUGGGGAAUAACGAACUCCACUUUGUUAUGUACAAGCUCAAGGCGCAGGAGCUGAUUAAGUUCAAUGUGCACAUAGCUGUCAAGUGGCUUUUUAUUUCACUCCAUAAGUCUUGAGCAUUGUCUGUACAAUGAACAACAACCAUUCCACUAGUCAGUUUCCUAGUACAUGUAUUUCAAGUUCUAAUCCUUUACUAGAGGUUCCAGAACCCCAGUAUCCCACAUACCAGUGAUUUCUCCACAUUGAUCAUAUUCAUACGUUUAUUUCUUUUGGUGAUCAUUUAAUUAAUUCUCAUAACCUUUCUCUUGAUUUUGUAUUGUGUAUUGUUAGGAGAAAAUUGAUGUUGGUCACUCUAGGGUUUAAAGUGUUAACUUCUUUUCUCAGGUACCGGGGUAACUGUGUAUGCCCUCCAUCCUGGUGGCGUUGCAACCGAAAUUUGGCGAAACUGGAAGUUGUUUACCAAUCCUUUCACCAAACCGCUGAUACGAAUCAUUACAUUCCUGUUUUUCAAGACCAGCAAGCAAGGGGCACAAACCACAAUCUACUGCUCAGUUGCAGAAGAGCUGGCUAAUGUCUCCGGUCUUUACUAUAUGGACUGCAAAGUCAAAGACUGUAGUAAACUUGCCAAAGAUCCUGACCUGGCAAAGAAGCAAUGGGAAGUGACUGAGAGAAUAACAGGAGAAUUCUGGAAAGACUGA